AUGCUUCCAUUGCUUCGGCAGUCUAUGUUUCACGCGCGUCGCCCACCUUAUAAGUUAAAUUUACUGUUUUGCAUAAGGAAUGCGAAUAUUCAUAUCCUCCGGAAUACCUCAUGGACAAGCCGUGACCGGGCUUCAGCUGAACGGCCACAGAGCCCCCGGCUUUAUACCCCCUAUACUACGCAAAGCCCAGAAAUCUCUCUGGACGAUGAUUUCAUCAGCCCAGAGCAAAGGGAACAAAUAUUCAAUGGCGUGUUCCCUGCUGACUUUUCGGGUGAAGUGAUAUCCUUGAGAACAACAAGACAAGAAUUCCACCACAUAUCAAAGGCAUUUAGAGCCUCAACAGACAAGAAAAGUCAAAAUGCAACUGUGCAAUUUAAUGAGGGUUUCCACAGCACCACCAUCAGGCACAAUCAAGUCCACCUGCAUUCAUGUUUAAUCAAUUCCGUUUCUCAUCAACUCUGGAAUCUCAUAAAUCUAGACGAGAUUUCAUUUUACUGUGAUUCUACGAUAUCUGAGGGAAUCCCCGACCCAGACAUUCAGAUGGUCAUAGACUCAGAAUGGGGCAUGGAAUCCGUUUUUGCUGUUGAGGUUGGCUUUUCGCAGACCAGUGUGGACCUGGAGAAGAGAAUGAGACAUCUUAUUGAAAAGACUACAGUCAAGGUCGCUAUGCUGUUUGAUAUUAAGGAGACUCCUAAUUAUAAAAACCCCCUCCAAACGGAAGAAAAUAAAAAGAUCUAUCACUCUGAGAGAAUGGCUCGCCCGGGAAAUCCCAGUGUACUAAUUCAGCAGUACUGCAAAGGAAGGGCUCCCUAUAGCCCCGUGUUCUUAUACGGCGCUCGAUGGAUGGGUGAGCUUACCGCUGCAGUGCAGGUAUUUGGUAAAAGCACUUCUACAGGAGAGCCCAUCACGCGGACACCAAGAAUUACCUUCUUCGGGGCCCCAAAGUCUCCCAAAUCGAAUGAAGGGCAAUUGGAGACACCUAUGUACAACGCCUACCCUUGUUUGAAUGUAAAGUUGUCAGACUGCGUACAGUCAGACGAUGAGGCUUACAAUAAGGAGCUGGUACUGAACUGGGACAAAAUAAGACACGAACUGGAGAGAGCUAGGCGCUGUCUUGCUGCCGAAAGGCACGCAGCGGCUGCCCUUAAACUGUCUGUUGGUGGAAACCCAUGA